AUGGGCAAGAAAAGAAACAAGAAGACCCUCGUCUGGAGGCCCAAACCCAAAUCCAGAACCCCCCCAGCCGAAAUGCGAAACUGGCUGGACCUUCCACGGGACGUCACCGUUUCGAUACUCUCGCGACUCAGAGCGGUCGAGAUUCUGGAGAGCGCGCAGAUGGUGUGCAUGGCUUGGCGCAUCAUCUGCAAGGACCCUCUCAUGUGGCGCACCAUCGACAUGGCCAACGAUGCCGAUUACGACGACAUGUUCUACAACUUGGAUGCGAUGUGCCGCCACGCAGUGGAUCGUAGCUGUGGCGGUCUGGUCGAUGUCAAUAUCGAGCACUUCGGCGACGACGAUCUGCUUAAGUAUAUCACUGACAGUUGCGGUGGGAUCAGACGUCUCCGGCUAGUUAGUUGCUAUAGCAUAUCACGUGUGGGGUUGGGUAAGGUGGCUUCGAAGCUUACUCUGUUAGAGGAGCUUGAGAUCUAUGUAUGCAAUCUCUCACGUACAUCCCUAGAAAUGGUUGGGCGCUCUUGCCCUCUUUUGAAGUCAUUCAAAUUGAACAGGCCCGAAUUUUCGGUUUAUGGGAUCAGUGGGUUUGGUGCCUAUGAUGGAUUUGAUGAUUGGAAUGAUGAUGAGAAUGGUGAUGAGAAUGGUGGCCCUGUGAUUGAUUCUUUCGGGAAAGAUGAUGAAGCACUUGCUAUAGCAGGAACGAUGAAUGGUUUACACCACCUUCAACUUUUCGGGAAUCGGCUCACCAAUGAUGGCUUGAGUAAGAUUCUUGAUUGUUGUCCUCAUCUUGAGUCACUUGAUCUGCGCCAUUGUUUCAAUCUUGAUCUGAAGGUAGCUUUGGGAAAAAGAUGUGCUGAACGAAUUAAACAGUUGCGCCUUCCCAAUGAUUCCAUUGAUGACUAUGAAUUUCGUACUGCACCAUGUGAGUAUGGAUUUUAUAAUGAUUCUGAGGACUUUGACUGUGAUGAUGAUUAUCCUUAUGAUUUUAAUGGAUACUACUCGGAUGAUAGUGAUUUCUAUGAUGAUUUUACCAAAAUUCGAUUCUCUGACCUGUUUUGA